AACUUUCGGAUCUUUAAUAUCCACAUGCACAGUAGGUGGCAAUAUUCACAUAUUCUUGUUGCGAUCGCAAUUAUACCAAAGAAGAAGAAAAGGCUAGCGAACCAAAAGCAACAGAACCAACAUGGCAGAAGAGGAGGUGGCCAAGCUGCAGAAGCACCUAGCCCUGCUGAGGCAGGAGUAUGUGAAGAUGCAGCAGAAGCUGGCUGACACAGAGAGGCGCUGUGCCAUGCUUGCUGCUCAGGCCUCUGUCCAGGGCUCCACCAAGGCCUCCGUAGCCGGGUCAGAAGACACCUUCAUCAGCCGCCUGCUGGAGAUCGUGGCUGAGCUCUACCAGCAGGACCAGUACAGUGAUCUGAAGGUGACGGUUGGAGAGACGACGCUCAAUGCUCACAAGUUUGUCCUGGCUGCUCGCAGUGAUACCUGGAGCCUGGCUAACCUGGCCUCAACCUCCAAACUGGACCUGUCUGAUGCCAAGCCGGAGGUUGCCAUGGCGAUGUUGCGCUGGGCCUACACAGACGAUCUGGAGCUCAGUGAGAACGAUGCCUUCCUCAUCGACCUGAUGAAGCUGGCCAACCGCUUCCAGCUGCAGCUGCUCCGAGAGAGGUGUGAGAAAGGGGUGAUGUCAUCUGUGAAUGUGAGGAACUGUAUCCGGUUCUACCAGACUGCUGAGGAGCUUGAUGCCACAACACUCAUGAACUACUGUGGAGAGAUUAUCGCCAGCCACUGGGAUGACCUAAGGAAAGAGGACUUCAGCACUAUGAGUGCACCGCUGCUCUUCAAGAUGAUCAAGUCUAAAACAGAUUUCCCUCUUCACAAAGCCAUCAAAGUUGAGAGGGAAGACGUGGUCUUCCUCUACCUCAUUGAGAUGGACUCGCAGUUGCCUGGGAAGCUGAAUGAACUGGACAACAAUGGAGACUUGGCCCUGGACCUGGCUCUGUCUCGUAAACUGGAGAGUAUCGCCACCACGCUGGUCAACAACAAAGCAGACGUGGACAUGGUGGACCAGAGUGGCUGGAACCUCCUUCACAAAGCCAUCCAAAGAGGUGAUGAAUUUGCCUCCACCUUCCUGAUCCGCCACUUGGCCCAGGUGAACGCAGCCACGGUCGGGGCGGUAGAAACCCCUCUGCACCUGGUGUGUUCCUUUAGCCCCAAGAAGCACUCUGGGGAGGUGAUGAGUGGCAUGGCCCGCAUUGCAGAGGCCCUGCUCAAGACAGGGGCCAACCCCAACAUGCAGAACAGCAAGGGAAGAACUCCCCUACAUGAAGCGGUGGUGUCGGGGAAUGAGCCUGUGUUCAACCAGCUCCUACAGUGUAAACAGCUGGACCUGGAGCUGAAGGACCAUGAGGGGAGCACAGCUCUGUGGCUGGCCCUGCAGUACAUCACCGUGUCCUCUGACGCCAACGUUAACCCCUUUGAGGACGAUGCUCCGGUGGUGGAGAAUGGAACACUGUUUGAUGAAAACAGCUUUGCAGCCCAGCUCAUCCAGAGAGGCAGUAACCCAGACGCACCAGACACAACCACAGAGAACUGCCUCAUGCAGAGGGCAACGGGUGUAGGCAGUGAGGCUGCUGCCCUCUUCCUGGCCACACAUGGGGCAAAGGUCAACCAUGCCAACAAAUGGGGUGAGACCCCUCUCCACACGGCGUGUCGCUGUGGUUUGGCUGGCCUGACAGCAGAGCUUCUCCAUCAGGGGGCUAACCCUAACCUGCAGACGCAGAAGGCCCUCCCCGACGAGGCCCUGGCCCAGGGGGUGUCCCUGCAGAGCCCGCUCCACAUGGCCAUCGUACACAACCACCCCGACGUGGUGUCAGUCAUCUUGGAGCAGAAAGCCAAUGCUCUUCACGCCACCAACAACCUGCAGAUCAUCCCAGACUUCAGCCUCAAAGACUCCAUGGACCAGACGGUGUUGGGCCUAGCCCUUUGGACAGGUAUGCAUACCAUAGCAGCCCAACUCCUGGGCUCUGGGGCGUCCAUCAACGACACCAUGUCCAACGGUCAGACCCUGCUGCACAUGGCCAUCCGCAGACAGGACAGCAAGAGUGCCCUGUUCCUCCUGGAGCACCAGGCUGACAUCAAUGUCAAAACCCAAGAGGGUGAGACGGCGCUGCAACUGGCCAUCAGUAACCAACUCCCCCUGGUGGUGGAUGCCAUCUGCACACGGGGGGCCGACAUGUCCGUGGUGGAUGAGAGGGGACACCCCCCUCUGUGGCUGGCCCUGGAGAACGGUCUCGAGGACAUUGCAUCCACACUGGUCCGACAUGGUUGUGAUGCCACCAGUUGGAGCUCUGGUCCCUCAGGCUGUCAGCAGACCCUCCUCCACAGGGCUGUGGAUGAGAACAACGAGGUCACCGCCUGCUUCCUCAUCCGCAGUGGUUGUGACGUAAACAGCCCACGGCGUCCAGGUCUUAACGGUGAGGGGGAUGAGGAUGCCAGGGACGGACAGUCACCCCUCCAUCUGGCAGGCAGCUGGGGGCUGGAGGAGGUGGUGCAGUGCCUUCUGGAGUUUGGGGCAAAUGUCAACACACAGGACGCAGAGGGCCGAGCGCCUAUCCACAUUGCCAUUAGCAACCAGCACAAUGUCAUCAUCCAGCAGCUCAUAUCCCACCCGGACAUACGUCUGAACGCGCGUGAUCGCCUGGGCAUGACCCCCUUUGCCUGCGCCAUGACACACAAAAACAACAAGGCUGCAGAGUCCAUCCUCAAGAGAGAGCCCGGGGCUGCCGAACAGGUGGACAACAAAGGGCGUAACUUCCUGCAUGUGGCGGUGCAGAACUCUGACAUCGAGAGUGUUCUGUUCCUGAUCAGUGUCCAGGCCAACGUGAACUCCCGGGUGCAGGAUGCGGCCAAGCAGACUCCUCUACACCUGGCUGUUCAGGCUGGCUCUGAGAUCAUCGUCCGCAACCUACUGCUGGCAGGGGCCAAAGUGAAUGAGCUGACCAAACACAGACAGACAGCUCUACACCUGGCAGCCCAGCAGGACCUGGCUACUGUCUGCUCUGUGCUGCUGGAGAAUGGAGUGGACUUCACCGCUUUGGAUGAGAAUGGCAACAACGCCCUGCACCUGGCCGUAAUGCAGGGUCGCCUUAAUAACGUGCGUGCCCUUCUCACAGAGUCCAACAUUGAUGCGGAGGCCUUCAAUCUCAGGGGCCAGUCACCGAUGCACGUUCUGGGGCAAUAUGGGAAAGAGAAUGCGGCGGCCAUCUUUGAACUGUUCUUGGAAUGUAUGCCUGAGUACCCUCUGGACAAACCGGACAAUGAAGGGAACACGGUUCUGUUGCUGGCCUACAUGAAGGGCAAUGCUAACCUCUGUCGUGCCAUUGUGAGGUCUGGAGCUUGUAUGGGCCUCAACAACAACCAGGGAAUCAACAUCUUCAACUACCAAGUAGCCACCAAGCAGCUGCUCUUCCGCCUUCUAGAUAUGUUGUCCAAAGAGCCCCCGUGGUGUGAUGGCUCAAACUGUUAUGAAUGUGCUGCCAAGUUUGGAGUCACCACAAGAAAACAUCACUGCCGUCACUGCGGCCGCUUGCUCUGCCACAGGUGUUCCAUAAAGGAAAUCCCCAUCAUUAAGUUUGACCUGAAUAAGCCUGUGAGGGUCUGUGACAUCUGCUUCGACGUGCUGACUCUGGGUGGGGUGUCCUAACAGCACCGGACAGCAUGCCCCUCCAUCCAUCCAAACCUCCCUCCCCCUUCAUCUUCCCGUUAUGGGUUGCCAGCUGUGCCUGGCUCACCACCCUGGCACUGUGGGCUGGGCAACACCAGGCAAAGUGGCGGCACGGCAGUAGCAGCCAGGUCUAACUUCCUGGAAGGUUAUUGGACAGAGUAUCGGACGGACCACAACCUCUGUACUAGUCAUUCCAGUCUAUACAAAUAUGUUAAAGUUCUAGCAGGACUUAUGAAGUAAAAUGUAUUAAACAUUUUUGAUCCAAGUCAUCAUGAUGUGAAAUUGGAUUAAAUGAAACGCUUGCUUGCUGGCUCAGUGACUCCAGGACUGGGCUAGUUGGGGGGAGGGGAGAUGUUCUUCAGAUUGUCUUACUAAGGACUGAUCAUGGUUUUGACCCAAGAUAGAAUUUAUCAAGUGUUUGAAGGAAUCGUGAGAAUCAGUGAUGAACAUGUAAUGGUGUCAGAUUGCAGGAGCGGUUAGACCCUUGUCUCUGUUGGGAGCUGAAAAACGAACAGACAGUAUUUCUUCAGUAGCAGCCACUCACUGGCCCACUCAUCAAAUGAAUCAAUCACUGCACUGUGCUGCUGAGACAGAAAGCAAAACACCUGCUGCUAUCCAAGACCUGCCCUGCAUCACAAUCUGUCAUUUCUCCCGACUUCCCUUCAUGGAUUUUAAAGAAAGGAUUGCUAUAAAAAUUUCACUGGUGCCCACUGGUAGAAAUAACAAAUUAUUGUGAUGCAGGGCUGGGUUUACCCCCUCUGUUGUAGUGUUUUCAGGUGUUCAUCUCUGUUCUACUUCUGUCAAUUUAAGAUGAUCACUUUGUUUUGCCCUCGACUUUUUACUGUUGGCUGGUUCUAAUAAGAACUAGAGGCCGGUGUGUUGGAUUUUAAGGGAAUAGAGUUGAUUUACUAUGAAGCAGAUCAUGUUUUUUGUUGUUGGGACUACAGCUUUUUCACACACAAAAUAAUAGAUAUUUUUUAAUCAAAUGCUUCAACAUUACAUUUUUGAUUCAAAUAUUAAUGAAACACUCAAUUUGAACUCUGUCACUGGUUAAAGAAGUGAGCUCUCUGCUUGUAAAAAAAAAAAAUGAAGAAAGAGAUUGUAUUCACAUGAUUUCAAUGUAACUGCAUAAAACAACCUCAUAAGCAUUUAUAUACCACCACUUAAUCGGUAAAUGGGACAAGACACUCAGCUAUUAAGUGUAAUCAAUGUAUUUUCCAUGAGAACUGGGGAGGGUGAGAACCUUUUACCAUUUAAGGUUUUGUUAGUCCCAAAUGCAAAGUAAUCAUCGCUAUGAAAUUAUACGUUUGAUAAAAUGCCUGUCUAUGCAUGUCAUUGAAUUUGUAGCGUAUACUUUUUUUUAUCAUAUCAUAGUCCUCAUGAAUUAUGUUUGCCACCCAGAUCACUGACAUGUACAUUCCAUUUAAUCUGGGCCUAUAGUACGGUCCUCUUGUUGGGGAUUUGUUAUAUGUAACAAUUGGUAUUGCCUCAAUUCAGGUGUUGUCUUGACCUACCAGUCUGGUUUCCCCGGACCAGAUUAAGCGAAGUCCUUGACUAAAAAGCAAUUUCAAUGAAAAUGUUGAUGCCUUCUUCAAGUCCAGAACUAGGUUUAUAAAUCAGUGUCAAGAAAACAAGGCAUUUAUUAUUAUUUUUUCUGAUUCUUGAUUUCAAAACCUAACAGGUGCACUUUAUCAAGAUUACAUGACAUUUCUGAUCAUAAGGGGAGAGAAUGCGAGAAUGAGUUGGUGGUGGCCACUGGCCUGUCAGUGUCUGUUAAAUUGUACAGAUAAAUGUAUAAUAUUUUUGACCACUACAACUGUUUUGUACUUAAUGCAGUUAGCUUUUUUUGUAAUUGUGACAACUGAAAUAUUUGCCUCUGUUAAUCUUUUAUGCACAUUGUUUCAGUAUGCUCAGAUAUCUAGCCUGUUUCUACCUUGCGAAAGGGAGGACGACUUUACAUAAAGGUCAUCAAAUAAGAACAGGA